GACACAGAUCUCAAGAUGUCCUGGACAGCUGUGCUCCUGCUCACCGUGCUGCUGGCACUGUCCUUGUCUCACGAGGCAGACAGUGUAGCAGUGCCUGAUGACAAGGACACCACCAAAGCACUGGAUCCACAAGGUCCACUGAGGAGGAUCUUCAUGCCAGAGGAAGACGCUGCCAACUUCUUCCGAAGACGCAGAAGAAGAGCUGUAAAGUCCCAGGAUGAGAUCGAUGCCGAACAGAGGCAGAGGCUUGCAGCAGAUGAGAGGAAGAGAGAGUAUCAUGAAGAGCAGAGGAACGAGUUUGAAGGCUAUGCUGAGGAAGAGCAUGAUGAACAAGAUGAAAGGACCCGGGAGAGUACUGAGCAGUGGAGACAAUUCCACUAUGAUGGGAUGGAUCCCUCCAAGUAGUACAACCGCCAGUCCAUCUGAGCCUAGAGCACCGCCCUGCUGGAGACUUGGGGUACAACAGAAAGGAAAGAGGGGCAGGCAGAGCAAGUUCUUCUGCAGAUAAAACUCUUAGUUUCCAGAGCGAUCCUUUUUUGACAAAACUGUAUGCCAAAAAAAGACCAAAAUAGCUAUUUCUGUGUUCAUUUUAGAAGCCUGCUGAUGUAUUGUAUUUACGCCAACUGUAAAAUACUGUAGAUUUGAACAUGCCGUUGUAGAUAUUUUUAUACACAGGUGUAAAGUUUGUUUUGAUGAGCAAUUACUUGUAAUCAAACAUUAUGGCAACCUUCCAGGUUUGUAACUGGAU